AUGCUUGAAAAAGUGACUGAAAAUGAGGACUUUGCCAAUUUGGCUGCGAUGCUCCUUCCACUGACUUCCGACGAAACCGACGCGAUUUUGUCCAGUGAGACUGUAGAUGACGUUUUUGACAUCUUGUUGGGGUGUUGCGGAAAUUUUUCUGUGAAGUGCAAAAGUUGCAAAGAACAAGGCAAUGAAACGGUGUUUGCAAAAACAAACCAAAUCUUCAGCGAAAAGCAGAAGAACCACGUCAACCAAUUUGGGUACACAUUCAGUGUGACAACCGUGGAGACGGCAGAUAAUUUGAUUGAAGUUUCUGAACCAAAUCCGGAGUUUUCGUGGUUUGAAGGGUAUAAUUGGCAAAUUAUAGUUUGUGUGCAAUGCGGGACACACGUGGGGUGGAAGUUCACUCAAAUAGAUCGUCCAGAAGAAGGGGAACAGAAUGAAGAGCACAAUGGACACCAAAGAGCUCUUUUUUAUGGAAUUCGAUCGGACACGUACGUCAUUGAAAAAUGA